CUUUAUAAUUAGUUUCUCCGCCUGAGAGUUCUAUCGGCCAGUCAGAAGAUAGCUGCCUACCGCGAGACCACCACAAUCCCAUGGCGAUAGCAGUCCGCCCGACUACGCUCUCCGCCGCUGAUCUCUCCUAGAUGGCACAACGCCGCCUCGCCGUCCUCGCCUCCCACCUCACCCAAACCGGCCCUGGCCCUCUCUCGGCCCUCGGCCCGCCUCCGGGAGUCUCCACUUCCCGCUGCUCCGGCGGCGGAGGCGGAAGCGGAGGCGAGACGGAACGGGGCGGGGAGAAGGGGUGCGUCUUUUGUCGGAUCAUUCGCGGUGAAUCCCCGGCAUUCAAGCUAUAUGAGGAUGAUGUAUGCAUAUGUAUAUUGGACUCUAGCCCAUUGAGCAUUGGGCACUCCCUUAUCAUUCCAAAGUUGCAUGCUCCUUCACUGGAAUCAACUCCACCUCCUGUGGUAGCAGCCAUGUGUUCCAAGAUACCAAUUCUUAGCAGUUGUAUCAUGAAAGCUACUCAGUCUGAUUCAUUCAAUUUAUUGGUCAACAAUGGAUUGGCGGCUGGGCAAGUAAUAUUUCAUACUCAUCUCCACGUAAUUCCUCGGAAAACAGGAGACAAGCUAUGGCCUUCUGAGACGUAUGACAUGCAGAGUUUGAGAAGGCAACCCAUCGAAGCAUACCCAAAAAUCGUCGACCUUGUGAAUUCAAUUCAAGAUCUGGUUUGUUCUCUAUCCACUGAUAGCUGCCUAUCUGAUGCAUGGAUUGCUGCCAAGAUUAGGAAUCACAAGUGAAUGGAAUUUUGUAUAUAUGCUCUGUGUUGUUAUUGUUUAUUCAAAUUAUAUUAAACACAGCGAUCAUUUCUGAAGUCUGUAACGUGGGAAUUAAAGAUUGACAGCAAGUGCAAGAUGGUGGGAUUCUCUGAGCUCUUCCAUUUCUUUUUCUUCCCACCAAAAUACACUCAUGUAUGAACCGAGUACAGAGGUGACAAUAAAACGUACCUAUUUGAUUUCUACA